GCCUCAGCUGACGUCUAACUUUAUAGCACGCACGCUCCCUUCAGCUGUCAGCACCACCACACUAUCUAAAAGUACACGUAUGUUUACAGGUUAAAGUUAACGUUUUUGCAAACGCAGGGACGACUUACUGAUAUAAUCCUAUGGCCGUGCGCGUGCAUGCACAGAAACGGAAAUUGAAAAUUCUUUGAACACGUGAGUAAAAUCCGUGGCUCCCGUGACUGGUACUUUUAGUCAUGGCCGACGACUACAGACGACAAGGUUUCGAGUUGGAGAGAAGAAUAUUUGAGUUAGACAUCAAGUGUUCGAGUCUCAGAGCUGAAAAGCAAGAUGAUGACUAUUUACAGAAUGCAUCUGCCAUACUAGACAAGUUGAAAAGCUUUUACAGACAAGGAGGAGAGAGUAGCAACCUAUCCAAGCUGCUGCAGGAUUACACACAGGUGAUUCUAGACAUCACUUUUUAUGAAGAGAAUAAACUGGUGGACCAGGAGUUCCCUGAGGACUGUUCACCAUUUAAAAUUCAGCAGCUUCUUCAAGAUCUGACUGAACCUGAAGUUUUGGCCGCACGGCUUGCACCAGCACAAGAGGUGCAGUCUGUGUUGGGUUUAGAGCUGUUAGAAUGUCUCUACUGGAGACGUGGAGCUCUGCUGUAUAUGUACUGUCAUACCCUUCAUCAGCGAAAGCAGUGGAUCAAGAAAAACAAGGAAACAUUCCUUAAGUGUAUUCAGGAAGGUGUGCGAUACCUGAUGCGGAUGCUGCAGGUGAGAAACUCUGUAAAGCUCAAUGAUGGUGUGGUGCUACAUGACACUGCUACAGCAAACAUCUUAUCUGAAGGCAUUUUCUCAGACACACACCUGUUGACAAUGAUGUACAUUGGCGAAAUGUGUUUCUGGGCAGUCAAGUACGAGGACUGCAGCGCUGACACUACGGAGCACAAAGAAGAUCGCCUCCAGUUUCGGGACAUUGGCACACAGAUCCUCAACAAAUAUGUGCUUGCCUGUGAGGGCCCUCUCCAAGGGCAGGGCUGGAACACAGAGAAUGCCAAGGAAAUCCUCAGUAUUUUACAGUGAAAAAUAUAGCUUCUCUGUUACAAUUGCCCUCAGGAACAGAUCAAAGUUCAAUAUUCAAAUGUGUCAAUCCCAAAUAAAAAUGGAGCCCAUCGGAUGGGGUGCAGUCUUGUGAAAGUUUAUGGGGAGGCACAGGGAGAGAGUGAAUGUGAAGAAAGGAGAUGCUGGAACAGUGUCUACAGGCAACCUAAUCCUAUGCCAAACAGCCCAGGCCAAAGCAGAUGAAUGAGAAGUUAGAGUAUAAGACAAGCAUUGUAAUAGAAGGGCUGCACAAGAGGCUGUUGAAUAAUUAUUUGCCCCUGGCCUGCUGAAAAAGCAGUGGCCACUCUGAUUCCAGACUGUUGAUUGGGGCAUUUGUUUUGCUCUAAGAAUGUGUCACAAUAGCAUUAAUAUUACUAAAGAGGUUAUGAAUAAUAAAAAAGAAAAAUUGACUUUUCAUUUUAAGAUUGUAACAAGUUUAAAGAUAAUACAGCUGGAAAUGAGACAUUGCACAUUAACAUUUAUUUAUUGUUUUGUUGCCAUUUUGUUAUGCUUUUAAUAUAUAUUAAAAUAGCAUAUGCAUUAUUUGAAUUUGUGUAUAAAGUAUACACACAGAAGGCAAAGAAAGGUGUUCGAACUGUUUGUCAGUGACGUAUUAAUGACCAAUUCAAAGUAUGUUCAGGUUUGUUCAUACCAGCUUUGUAAUGCACCACUUGUAUUUUCAUCUAUUGCAACUUCCAUUUUUCUGCAACUUGAAUAACAUUGAUAGUGUAACUAUUAAUAGAGAAACUGUGUUGUUUGGGCAAAAAAAUCUAUCAUUUUGUUUUUUAAUGUCCUUGUUGACAAUAAACGUGCUUUGUUUUAAGAAAAA